AUGUCCCAAGAGAAGCCAGACGCUUGCAGCCAGACCCAGUCGCAGCCUCAGACCCAGUCCCAGAGUGGCUCCAGCUCCUCCUCUGCUCCAUGCUCUGCCAGCCAGUCAUCUUCUGGGUCUGGCACAGUCAGUUCAGUCGACACCAUCCCUGUUAGGGACCUGGGCUCCAUACCAGAGGAGCCUGAGCCACAGCCCUGGGGCCUCCUGCUGCCUAUGCAGAGAGGCUUCAGAGCCCACAACUGUGUUGAGGACAACGCUUGGUUUGGCAGGCACACUAAAUGCAACUAUUCCUUUGAUGUCCCCAUACUGAGGAAAUCAUCCAGAUUUGCUGCAUACAGCAAUAAACAUUUUAGGAUAUUCCGAGAGAAGAACAUUGUCUAUGUCUUUGACAACAGUAACAAUGGCACGUUUGUUGACGGUAAAGUUAUUGGAAAAGGAAAAAUGUUGCCACUAGCGAACAAUGCAGUGUUGUCCCUUGCUGAAGAACGCCACAAAGUGUUUGUGUUCAUUGAUCUCAUGGCGGAUGAGCAGUCCAACCUACCCAAAGAGUUAAGCGAGAAAUACAUGAUCACCAAAAAGAUUGGAGUUGGUGUGUGCGGGGAAGUGAAGCUGGCUUUUGAGAGGGCCACUUGCAAAAAGGUGGCCUUGAAGACUAUCAACAAGAAAGAUUUCCCGGCAUCUGUUGGCACUGCCACACGAAGUGCAGAACGAGAGAUCCAGAUCCUUCAAAAGAUUGACCAUCCAUGUCUGAUCAAAACAAAAGACUUCUUCCAAACAGAUGACUCCUACUACAUUGUUUUAGAGCUCAUGGAGGGUGGAGAACUCUACGACAGGGUCAAAAGCAAGCAACAGAUCAAGGAGCCGAUUGCCAAGCUAUAUUUUUACCAGAUGUUGAAAGCAGUAGAGUACCUUCACAACAAUGGCAUCAUCCACAGAGACCUCAAACCUGAAAAUGUGCUGCUUUCGUCUCACGAUGAUGUUUGCGUCAUCAAGAUCACAGACUUUAAUCAGUCCAAGAUACUGGAGGAGUCUGCCCUGAUGAGGACCCUUUGUGGAACACCCACAUACCUGGCACCAGAGGUGUUUACAGACGCAGUCACUGUGGGCUACAGCAGGGCUGUAGACGCCUGGAGUUUAGGGGUCAUCCUGUUUGUGUGUUUGGCAGGCUAUCCCCCAUUCUACCCUAAUGCACGAAUUGGUUUGUCAGUCAGUGAUCAGAUCACCCAGGGAAUAUAUACAUUUAUUCCAUCAAAAUGGAAUGGCAUCUCCGAUGAUGCCAAAGAUGUUGUGAAGAAACUGCUUCGAGUGGACCCCAAUGCCCGCCUCACCAUUGAGGAGGCUUUACAGCAUCCCUGGCUGAUGGAUGAGGCAAUGAAGGAGAUUGCUGAAGGCAUCAUGUACCCCAAGGACUCCAGAGAUGCCGAUGCCACAGCAGACUCUGGAGAUGCCACAGUAGCCUCAACCGGAAAGAGGUCAAGAGAAGAUAAGGAAGAGCAGCAGCCAACAAAGAGGUGA